CCAAUCGUAGCGUGGGCUUGGGGCGGGCCCAAUGUGCUAUCAAGCUAGGUUGAGCUGACUGUAACUGGCGUCGAUAUAGAAAGGCGUUUUUUUGUGGCUUGUGGGGCAAACGUCGUGGAGAUUGCCGCAAACGAGGGCGUCUCGCUCCACCGACGGGCUUUUUUAUUUGUUGCGCAGAGAAGGAGUUCGGCGUCUCGGCACCGUGACGUGCCGUCCAGUAGUUCACCAUAUCCAAGAGCGAUUAGGCUUGUGUUUAUGUCUUUGUUUUGUGAAAACGAGCUGUUGCGCAGCCGUUGGUACCUGUGUCGGGGAAACCUAACCAACAAACGGGGAACUUGCAGCCUAAGUGGCGCAAACUUUUUCAUGUCAGAGACCGAGUACACUUGCAAUUGUUUAUGUCAUCCAUUCUUCUUCAGACAGAAGAUACCAAAAAAUUCCAUUCAAAGAUCUUUUCACUUUACUCAUAAAUCUAAUAGUAAACCAGAAUGGCUGUCAACGUCAAUCGCAGUGUGUCUGACCAAUUCUAUCGGUACAAAAUGCCCCGUCUGAUUGCUAAGGUCGAGGGCAAAGGGAAUGGUAUAAAGACAGUAAUAGUCAACAUGGUUGAUGUUGCCAAGGCGCUUAAUCGGCCUCCAACGUAUCCCACCAAGUUUUUUGGUUGUGAGCUGGGAGCUCAGACCCAGUUUGAUUCAAAGAAUGACCGUUAUAUUGUGAAUGGAUCUCAUGAGGCGAAUAAGCUGCAAGACAUGCUGGAUGGAUUCAUUAGGAAAUUUGUCCUUUGUAAUGAGUGUGAGAAUCCUGAAACUGACCUGCAUGUCAAUCCAAAGAAACAAACUAUCGGUAUUUCCUGUAAAGCCUGUGGAUACCGAGGCAUGCUUGACACACGCCAUAAGCUCUGCACAUUCAUUCUUAAAAAUCCACCUGAAAAUGGAGAUGGUGGUUCAGCCAAGAAAGAAAAGAAAAACAAAAAGGGCAAAGACAAGGAAAAUGGAUCAGUACCUAAUUCGGAAUCAUCCACCCACAAUGAGUUUGAUGCACCGGAGGCAUUGGAUGGUGAAGAUGAUGAUGAUGACUGGUGUGAAGAAACCACAGAAGAAGCCCAGCGGCGUCGAAUGGGUGAAAUCAGUGAACAUGCCAAAAAUUUGACACUCAGUGAUGAUCUGGGGAAAACUUUAGAAGAAAGAGUGAACUUGUUCUACAACUUUGUCAAGAAAAAGAAGGAAGAGGGCAUUAUUGAUUCUGCUGAUAAAGAUCUUCGAUCAGAAGCUGAAAGAUUGGAUGUAAUAGCUAUGGGCCCUCUCAUACUGAGUGAACUGCUUUUUGAUGAGAACAUAAGAGAUCAGAUCAAGAAAUAUAAACGACACUUUCUGCGUUUCUGCCAUGGUAAUAAAAAGGCUCAGAAGUAUUUACUCGGUGGCUUUGAGUGUCUGGUGAAAAUACAUCGGGACCAGCUGCUGCCCAGAGUUCCGCAUGUGUUGAAGCAGCUUUAUGAUGCUGAUCUCUUGGAAGAAGAGGUUAUUCUUGCCUGGGCUGAGAAAGUCUCCAAGAAGUAUGUCCCAAAAGAACUUGCCAAAGAGAUACAUGCAAAGGCAGAUCCAUUUAUUAAGUGGCUAAAAGAAGCUGAGGAGGAGUCUGAAGAGGAGGAAGAUGAUGAUGAGAAGGAUGUGGAGGUGGUUUAUGAUAGCUCUGCAAGAGAACUGACAGUGGAAACUGUGAAACCCAUUAAGACGAAAGAGGAAGAAGAUAUAGAUAUUGAUGCUAUUUGAUGUAUUCUUACAGGGGACAAAAUCAACCUAUUAAAUCUUGCAGCAGAGAAGUCAGUAAUGAAGAAAUUCCUGUAUUUCAACUGUAAUUGCUGAAUUCAGACUCUGCUUUUCAAAGUCUACAAUAUGAUUCUAACACUUCACUACCACCUCCACCUACCAGUUAGGAACUUAAAGCAUGUCCAAAGUCUAAAUGGUAGAAUGGUCCUACUAUAAAUUUGUCUAAACUUUUCUUGUUGCUAUUGGGUAAUGCUUCAGCAGUUACUGUGCAUUUCUACAGGGAUGUAAAAUAGAAAUUAAAGGGGAUUGUGUUCUGUAUACCAGCACCUGGGUUUUUAUUCAGUGUGUAAAUGUAACUUGUCAAACAAAUUUUCAGGGUUUUAACUCACUAUUAAAAUAAGAGCUAACUCAUUGUAUAUGGAGGCUACUGCCUAGCUGUCUGUAAGAUUAUACUGCUAUUAAGUGCUUCAUGACUAAGCAUUUGCAAUGACUAAAGUAACAAUCCAUUAUUACAACAAACUUCUGGUACACUCUGUAUUAAUCAUCUUGGAUGAUGGGUGAACUUCAGCAGAGCCUGUGCUCUCUUGCCCACUUAACAUACAUGGGUAUGUGUACCAACAACAGUGUUUAUUCAGACAGCAAUUUGUGUAUCUAAGCAAAAAUUCUGCUUUUUGUGGAUGCAAUCACUGAUUAUUGAUGCACAUAGUAUGACAAUGGAAUUAGUGGAAUUAUUUGUUUGAUAGAAGGUGAUGGCUUUUGCAUUUUUCACAUGGAAUUUAAAUGCAUAUUUGUUUUUGGCAGUUUUUUGUUCUGAUGUUUUUGGCAUGGUAGUUAAUUGAAUUACUUCAAUCUUUUUGAAAAAGUAAACAUUGCAGAUACUAGAGAUUUGAAAUCUUGGAUAGUUUGAAUUUUGGCCACUGAUUGUUCUGUUUCAGUAAAGCCUCUUGACCCAGAAUUUUUUUUAAUUCCCAUCUAGUCUAUUGACUUUUUUUUUAAAUUUGGGUCUGAUUUUUGGGAUCUAGUUCCUGUAAUGUAGCGAAGGGUGGAGGGCAAGAAGGUAAAUUACCCUGAUCUAGGACUGACUUCAUAUGUGCCUUUUUUUGAUCUUGAGUCUGUACACUAACUUUUAACUUUAAAGAAAUUUUAGAUUAGGUACCCUGUCUAGUUGAUGAUAAAAUGCAGCCAUUGAUUUUUGAGAAACCUCCUGAAUUUGUUCACUCUGCCACAACCACUGCACACCUUUUUUUAUUUCUGCCCAUCAUUCUAGUAAUAAUUGGCCUACAUUCACUGGCAAAACAUUAGAUGUUUGCUACUUUUUAGAGGUAUUGACUGGUCCCAGUAGUACCAUAAUUUUGUGUUUUUUUGAGAUCUUUUGGUAUGAACUUUGAAAAAGAGGUUAAGUUUUGGUCUGUCCAGUUUUGGGGUUUGCAUUAAAGCUCAUUGUCUAAUGAGAGAAAUUACUAACAGGUGGAUCACUGGCAGUUUUGCAGCCAAAGAUCUAAAUUUCAGAUCUCUAGUGCAGUAAAGAAUAAAAUUUAGUCUUUUGAAUUACUGUGCCUCUUCAAAGUUAACAAUCCUUUGUGCAAACUUGCCUUUUGAGAAGUAGCUCUGUUUCUGGCCUGUGAAGAUCUUCACUUGAGGGUCUCUGAUUGCAAUAACCUUUUUUUAAUUUUUUCAAUUCAGAGCAUAAGCAAAUGCUUUUUUUCCUGUCCUGACAUGGGAACUUGACAGCAACAAAAGACUUGCUUUUUCUGAAGAUUUUUUUUCUUGUAGUAGUAACAACAAUAAUAAGGUCUGCAAGAGAAUGUGCAUCGUCUAAAAAUAGACAUGGUAUGGGAUUGUGGUAGGGACCUACAUUGUUUCAGUACUUCAAACAAGGCACAACAGCACAUAUGUUUUGCUGACUAUCAAAAAUCUAAAUCUCUCAAGCUAGCCUCCAUUCUUGACUUCAAGUUGUUGGCCUCUAAGGAUGAACCAUUGAGCAUGAUUGCAAAGCCAAUUGAAAUCAUUCUUGUAGAAACAUUGCAUGUGAAUAAAGUUAGCUUUUGGUGUGUAAGCUA